UAUUUCUAUGUGGACCCUUCAACCCAAUAUCUUCACACUUUCUAUACUUUCUCUCUCUCUCUCUCUCUCUCUCUCUCUCUCUCUCUCUCUCAGAGUGGUCCUUCCUAGAGUUCAUAGAUGAGAGCUCUUGAUUGCAGUUCGGAGAUUGGAGGAAAGGUUUCUGGACUUCGAAGCAAGGAGUGUUGUUUGUUCUUAGAAAAAAUUUAAUUCUUGUUUGGGUGUAUAAAGUUCAGUGAUUGCAAGCAUGAGAUUCCAUCUAGGACUUGGUUCCAAGGCCAAGAAGCUUUUUGUUUCAUCUCCAACCAAGAAGAAGCCUCUCAAUGGGGAGAUCCAAGUUGGGAACUUGGAGCCUGGGCUUGGUGGUUUCAGGAGCCCUGAUUAUGGAAGCAAGGAUGAGACCUUCUUUGAUUCGAGGGCAUGGUUAGAUUCUGAUUGCGAUGAUGAUUUUUACAGUGUCAAUGGAGAUUUCACACCUUCACGGGGCAGUACUCCAAACCAUCAGUUUGGAACAACUCCCCGGAACAAAGCUUAUAUGGGCAGCACAUUUCCUAAUUCCAGUGUGGAACCUUCUCCUACUGAAAGAAAGAAAAAACUUGCUGAACUUCUACAGGAAUCAUUAUACAGUGAACAAAUUAGCAACGGGCAAAAUGUAUCACACAACAACAAGGCACCAAAUGGCGAGCUAUUUGCUAACAGACUUGACACUGAACAUCCUCCAAAGUCAGUUGUUGGGACACCAUAUUUUUCGGGAGCUAGUUCAGUCUGCGGCAGUGAGGCAAUGACUCCGAGCAGAGACUUGAAGCAUAGAAAGGAAAGAAGAAGUUCAAGUUGUUGUUUGCCGAGUUUGCUACUGAAUCUCACCUUCACUGAGAAGAGGAGGCAGAAAAUGAGUCCUGAACAUGGCCGCGGUUAAUUACUGCAUCAGGUAUAUCUUGAAAAAUCCUUUUUCUGCAAACAAAACUGAGCGACGAAUCGGGGAAUUUGUAUAUCUAUAUAAUCAAUCAAUCAUCUUUAAAGGCGAUGUAUGAAACAGUGAAGAUGAUAUGCUGUUUUGGUUUCCAAAUCAUGCCUUCUUGUAUAAGAAAAAGAAUGGCCAAAUCAUGAAAGCAGAAAAUAUGAGUUUGAAUCAACAUGAAUCAUGUUGAGUUUUGGUUUUCUUGUCAAA